ACUCUCGUGACACAAGCACUCCAAUUUCUUGCCGUCAUCGCUCUUCUUUCUCUUUACAAAAAUAUCUCCUCCCCCCAAAAUAUCUCACCGCCGGGAAUGCGAUGCACAUUUUGUUUCUUCUGUUCUGAGAGCUGCGGGUCUGUUUGUUUCUUCAUAAUCAAUGGAGUAUAUAAAACCCAUUUUCAGAUCCCUCUUUUUUUGCUCUCCACUCUCUUCCUAUCAAUAAACCUCACCAUGUUCGUCUAAAGUUUGGAAGCAAAGUUCCUUUUUUACUUCAACCAAAGGUACCCACUACUGCACAUCUCAGAUUGUUCUUUCUGAUUGUUUCAGAUUUUCAUAUAUUGGAGCAAUGGUCAAUUUGGGUCUGAUCUCUGGGAAUAAGGGUACGAAAUCAGUGGGGUUGAGUUUCAGAAUCCCUUACAAUACUCAAUGGGGUCAGAGCCUGGUGGUUUGUGGUUCGGAAUCUGUGUUGGGUUCAUGGAAUGUGAAGAGGGGUCUUGCGUUGAGCCCUCAACAUCAAGGUGAUGAGCUCAUUUGGCGAGGAAGUACGGCCGUCCCGGCCGGGUUCAAAUGUGAGUACAGUUAUUAUGUGGUGGAUGAUGAUAGGAAUGUUCUGAGAUGGGAGGCUGGUAAGAAGAGGAAACUAGUGCUCCCUGAUGGCCUUAGGGAUGGAGAGGUGGUGGAACUUCAUGAUCUUUGGCAGACUAGUUCCGAUGGCCUCCCUUGUACAAGUGCCUUCAGAAAUGUCAUCUUUCGCAAGACUUGGAGCACUGAGAUUCAGAGGCCCCUUGGGGUAAUUCAGACUAAGUUGGAUGAAAAUGGUUCAGUCGUAGUUCAGUUCAGAAUUUGCUGCCCAAAUAUAGAGGAAGAAACAUCAAUAUAUGUGAUUGGCAGUUCUACGAGAUUGGGGCAGUGGAAGGUCCAGGAUGGACUCAAACUCUAUUAUGCUGGUGAUUCUAUUUGGCAAGCAGAUUGUGUUGUGCAAAAGGAUGAUUUUCCUAUAAAAUAUCCUUGGAGUAAAUAUGGCAAGGCAGGAAACUUUUGUCCUGAAACUGGUCCAAAUCGGGAGCUCGUUGAAUUGUCAGAACCUCAACCAAGAUCCAUUAUACUUUCAGAUGGAAUGAUGCGGGAAAUGCCAUGGCGCGGCGCUGGUGUAGCAGUCCCUAUGUUCUCCAUUAGAUCGGAAGCCGAUCUUGGAGUUGGAGAGUUCCUUGACCUAAAGAUACUUGUAGACUGGGCUGUUGAAUCGGGAUUUCAUUUGGUUCAGCUUUUACCAAUCAAUGAUACAUCAGUUCAUGGGAUGUGGUGGGACUCAUAUCCAUACAGUUCUCUCUCUGUGUUUGCAUUGCACCCAUUGUAUUUGAGAGUACAGGCGCUUUCAGAAAGAAUUCCAGAGGAGAUAAAGGAAGAAAUUCAAAGAGCGAAAGAACUGCUGGAUGGGAAGGAUGUAGAUUAUGAGGCAACCAUGGCCACGAAGCUUUCAAUUGCCAAGAAAAUUUUUGUUCUCGAGAAGGAUACGAUACUAAACUCAGAUUCCUUCAGCAAUUUUUUUACUGAGAAUGAGGGUUGGCUGAAACCUUAUGCAGCCUUUUGUUUUCUUCGGGAUUUCUUUGAAACAUCAGAUCACAGCCAAUGGGGUCGUUUUACUUGUUAUUCAAUAGACAAGCUUGAGAAACUUGUUUCAAAGGACAGUGUCCAGUAUGACAUAAUUUGCUUUCAUUAUUAUAUCCAGUUCCACUUGCAUUUACAAUUGGCAGAAGCCGCAGAGUAUGCAAGAAAGAAGGGAGUGGUGCUGAAAGGAGAUCUCCCUAUUGGAGUUGACAGAAAUAGUGUGGAUACCUGGGUAGAUCCGAAUUUAUUUCGGAUGAACACAUCUACUGGUGCACCUCCAGAUUAUUUUGAUAAAAAUGGACAAAAUUGGGGAUUCCCCACUUAUAAUUGGGAGGAAAUGUCAAAAGACAAUUAUGCUUGGUGGCGUGCUCGUUUAACACAGAUGGCAAAGUACUUCACUGCUUACAGGAUUGAUCACAUACUGGGUUUCUUUAGGAUAUGGGAGCUUCCUGAGCAUGCAAUGACAGGUCUAGUUGGGAAAUUUCGACCAUCUAUCCCUUUAAGUCAGGAAGAGCUUGAAAGGGAGGGAAUAUGGGACUUCAACCGCCUGAGCAGGCCAUAUAUUCGACACGGAUUUUUGCAGGAGAAGUUUGGUGCUUAUUGGACUGUUAUAGCUUCUAACUUCAUGAAUGAAUAUGAGCAGCAGCGUUAUGAGUUCAAGGAGGACUGCAACACAGAGAAAAAAAUUGCUUCCAAGCUGAAGUCCUGUUCAGAGAGCUUUUUCUUUUUUGAAAAUGAAGACAAGAUAAGGCGCAAUCUUUUUGAUCUUCUACAGAAUAUAGUUCUCAUCAGAGAUCCAGAGGAUGCAGGCAAAUUCUAUCCUCGGUUCAAUCUUGAAGAUACAUCAAGUUUCAAGGAUUUAGAUGAUCAUAGCAAAAAUGUCCUGAAGAGAUUGUACUAUGACUACUAUUUCCAUCGGCAAGAAAGUCUUUGGCGUCAAAAUGCUCUGAAGACCCUGCCUGCCCUCUUGAACUCAUCAGAUAUGCUGGCUUGUGGGGAAGAUUUGGGCCUUAUUCCUUCCUGUGUCCAUCCUGUUAUGCAAGAACUAGGAUUAAUAGGACUACGCAUUCAACGUAUGCCGAGUGAACCUGGUUUGGACUUUGGAAUUCCUUCUCAAUACCCCUAUAUGACGGUGUGUGCUCCAUCGUGCCAUGACUGCUCCACCCUUCGCGCUUGGUGGGAAGAAGAUGAGGAGAGAAGAUGUCAAUUUUAUAAAACUGUGGUGGGCUCUGACAGUCUGCCACCUAGUCAAUGUGUUCCUGAAAUUGCAUAUUUCAUUCUACGUCAGCAUGUUGAAGCUCCAUCCAUGUGGGCUAUCUUUCCUCUCCAGGAUUUGUUAGCUGUGAAAGAAGAAUACACCACACGCCCUGCAGCAGAGGAGACAAUCAAUGAUCCUACAAAUCCGAAACAUUACUGGAGAUUCCGCGUACAUGUGACAUUGGAGUCCUUGAUGAAGGAUAAAGAGCUUAAAUCAACCAUUAAAGAUCUUAUUCGCGGGAGUGGUAGAUCAUAUCCUCCCACGUUGGGAGAAAUCGAAGUUCAAGCAGGAAGAGAAAAAGGUGUAGCAACAGCAGCUCCAACAAAGCAGCAAGUUACUGCUGGACUGGAAAAGAUCUCUUUGCUAAAUGGAAGUUCUAAAACAGAAGCUGUAGCAGUCUUAUAAGUAGGGGCUUUUCUUUUCCAUCGUUGUUAUUGAAGUUAGAAAAAUUUUAAAUCCAACUCCUAUUAUGACUCGAAUAACGUAGUGGGUUGUUAUCUGUUUAAGACGCCCACUCCAUCUUGCUACAAUAAUCGUGUAACUUAUCAAGAAACAAGCAUGUAUUUCUAAAUAAAGUGUCACCUGAGUUACUUGGUUGAACUUGUGAAUGCGAAAUUCCACGAUGGCUACUUAAGCCCGCAAUGGCUCAUUCAUUGUUGCA